AUGGACCCCCAGCCUCCGGGGGCCCCCGGCCGCGUGCUGCUGGCUUCUGUCUCCAACAUCAAGUACCCUGUGGACUUGGAUUUAAUUCACCACCUCUUUUCCAGAUUCGGAGAAGUCGAGAAGGUGAGCUGCAGCAGCAGCAGCAGCAGCAGCAGCAGCAGUGGGAGGGGCAGAGGCAGGGGGGUGCCUAGAGUGGCCCACUAG